AGUGUUCUGUGGUUUUCAUUCAAUAUUCAUAAUCAUAAAUCGUUCAAUUGAUUACAAAUCUGGUUAAAGUGUUCUGUGUUACAAAUUAUCUUACUACAAUACAGUAAACUCGUUCAUUUAGUAUUUGUCUUGAUAAUGUUUGUUUUCACUAAGGAAAUAGUGUUAACUUAAAUAAUUUAUGCACUUUUGAAACAGUUUGAACCGCGCAUGUUUAUUUGGUGAUGAGUGUAAAAGCCUACAUACAAAAUGAAUACAGCGAUUACAGUUUUGUUGACUUUAUUAUGUGUGAUAAAUAAAACAGCUGCUCAUGAUAUUCUAGAAACAGAAUUACACAGUGAAAGCUUCUACGAGUUUCGAGAUGAUAAGACCGAUUUCUCAAGGUCAAAGCGAGAUAUUGUGCAAAACAUUUCGAGUUCAAGUGAAUCUACUCUGAUUUCACCAGCUGUAAAUAACUCAUCGCAAAGUAAUGUUUCGACUGAAAACCCUGUUGUAUAUGAGGUUGGAUCCUCUAAUUUAUCAAUACUGACAGUGGUGCAGUUAAAUGCAUCUACCGCAACAACUCCUAACACCUCUGAUGUAAUUCGCGCUGAUUCAGCACCCCUUCCUGGAAAGAGUUCAGCUGAAGAUGAACAUAAUAGCUCUAUGGCAAUAUUCUUUGUACUAUGUGUAUUGGCUUUGGGUAUACUUCUCAUACAUCUAAUGUUACAAACUGGUUUUUCCUACUUACCUGAAAGUGUAGUUAUUGUUUUUCUUGGUGCUUUGAUAGGCAUGAUUAUAAAUCUUAUGUCUAUAAGAAAUAUUGCAAAUUGGAGGAAAGAGGAAGCAUUUUCACCUACUGCAUUUUUCUUAGUACUCUUACCACCCAUUAUAUUUGAGUCUGGAUAUAACCUCCACAAGGGAAACUUCUUUCAAAAUAUAGGAUCUAUUUUGCUAUUUGCUAUCGUUGGUACUGCUAUAUCAGCAUUUGUUAUUGGCGCUGGUAUAUACCUGCUAGGUCUUGCCCAAGUUGUAUAUAAAUUGAGCUUCGUUGAGUCGUUUGCAUUUGGUUCUUUGAUAUCUGCUGUGGAUCCAGUAGCAACUGUUGCUAUUUUUCAUGCCCUGGAUGUGGAUCCAGUGUUGAAUAUGUUGGUAUUUGGUGAGAGCAUCCUGAAUGAUGCUGUUGCUAUUGUCCUCACCACUGCAGUGUUGGAUUCCAAUGAUCCCUUGAUGUCCACCACUGAAGCUAUUUUAUCAGCCAUUAAUCGGUUUUGGCUAAUGUUCUUUGCAUCGGCUGGUAUUGGUGUUUUAUUUGCAUUGAUUAGCGCAUUAUUAUUGAAGCAUGUGGAUCUGCGUAAGAAUCCUUCUCUGGAACUUGGAAUGAUGUUGGUCUUUACAUAUGCCCCUUAUGUACUUGCUGAGGGUAUACAUUUAUCAGGAAUCAUGGCAAUAUUGUUCUGUGGUAUAGUUAUGUCGCACUAUACACAUUUUAACCUUUCAACUGUGACACAAGUGACAAUGCAGCAGACGAUGAGAACUCUUGCAUUCAUAGCGGAAACAUGUGUUUUUGCAUAUUUAGGUUUAGCAAUAUUCAGUUUCCGUCAUCGUGUUGAGCCGGCACUAGUAGUUUGGAGUAUAGUUCUCUGCUUGAUUGGUAGAGCUGCUAACAUAUUUCCUCUUGCAUUACUUUGUAACAAAUUUCGGGAGCACAAAAUAACUAAGAAGAUGAUGUUUAUUAUGUGGUUCAGUGGAUUAAGAGGUGCAAUUUCAUAUGCUCUGUCGCUUCAUCUUGAUUUCUCUGAUGAAACCAGACACGUGAUUAUAACGACAACACUUAUCAUCGUGCUAUUUACAACUCUAUUCUUUGGCGGUUCUACCAUGCCGUUACUCAAGUUUUUACGAGCAAACAAAAAGACCAAGCGGCCGAGAUCUUUGCGCAAGCAGAAGGAAGUAAGCUUAUCCAAAACGAAGGAGUGGGGACAAACAAUAGACUCGGAACAUUUAUCAGAAAUAACCGAAGAAGAGCUAGAGGUUAAUUAUUCAAAUACUGCAAGAUUGAAAGGAUUUGUUCGAUUUGAUUUGAAGUAUUUAAUUCCAUUCUUCACCAGAAGGUUUACACAUCAAGAAUUAAAGGAUUGCAAGAGUCAAAUGACAGAUUUGACAAAUCAGUGGUACCAGGCUAUCCGAAUAUCAAACGACCACGACACUGAUGAGGAUGAAAUCUUGCAGAACUCCUCAAAUUCAAACUCACUCGCAAGCCUUCAACGAAAUGUGUGAGAGUUUCGUUGGUACGGGUUGAACAUGUUUAGACAUAGUAUCGCUUUUGUGUUUGGGUAGGUUUGAAGACCAUUUGAGCAUUAGCUAGAAAAUUUCUUAUCUUAUCAGCACCUUGUCUCAAGAUAACAAGUGCAUUUGUUGUGGUAUAUUCAUGUGUAAGCAUUAUUGUGUUUCGGUCUGAAGGGCGCCAUAGCUAGUGAAAUAACUGGGCAAAUGAGGCUUAACAACUUAUGUCUCAACGUGACGAGAGCAAUUGUAGUGUCACUCUAAAUUUUAUCGUUUUUCAGGAAUCCUGAGUGUUACUGCAUUGUAAUGGGCAGGGUGUAUCAAUCACUAUCAAACUAAAUGUCCUGAUCCCCUAAUUGUGUAGGUAGGGUGAAUUACAUUCCAUUCAGUGAACAACUUGCUUGUCACCUCGCGUGAAAAAGAGGAGAGCAGACUCCUCUUUUAUAAGAAAAAGCCGUAUAAUGUUACUUUCACUUUAUAUAUCUUAUGAAUUUAGCCACAUAAGUGCUUGUGUGUUAAUAAAACCAAGAGUAAAUAUUGUUUAAAUAAGUCAUCAUAGAGUUAUUUAUCGUAGUUGAAUUCUUGCAUUUAAUGUAAUUUUUCUUUAUCAAUUGAUAAACAUAUUUGUGAUCAAUUAAUGCAAAGAAGUAGAGUUUUGGAGUAUAUAUAAAAAAUCACUUUAAUGUUUUAAGUCAAUGUGUAUUAUUGUUAAAAGGUAAAGGUAAUUAAUUCACUAGACCCCGGGUUCGAUCCGAGUGCAAGUCGGUCAACUUCACACACAUUCUUUGAAUUUACUCACAGGUAUGUGUAGGUUGUCACGACAUCUAUCCAGAGCUAUGUAUGUCUUACACUUGCUAGUGACAGCAUUAUAUAAUAAUGCAUAUAUCAAGGUACAGUGCCUGUUGUGGUACAAAUAAAUUUGCAAUUGCUUUGAAAGCAAGUGGCAACACACUUUAAAAUUAUUAUACCCGACAUAUUAUGUUGUUUAACCAUGUUUGCUCCUAAAAGAGAAAGACCAGCAUUGUAUGGAGCUUAGGCCAAAUGCAAAUAUUUUUGUGUUUCGAUAAAUGUUAGCAUAAAGUAAGGCCUGAGUAGAUAUUUCACAUAAAAUAUUUUUUGGUUAGAAUCCCAGAUUCACAGAAAAACAAUUUUCUGUCUAUGGUGGGUACCUAGGUACCUACACAGUUAUUCUGAUCCAUUAACUAAUCAUGAUUUAAAGAAUGGUGUAAAAGUCACAUAUACCUAUAAAUAGGUAUCACAUAAUAAAGUAAGUGGGUACAAUACUUCAUACUACAUAGUUUAAUUAAUAAUCUAUAACACUCACUGUAAUAGUUUUAGCAUUUAAGGAGGAAAUAUAAUUUGUAUCUCAACUCGACGUAAAAAAAACACAAAACAAUGGCAUGGGAUUGUAAUAAAAUUCAAAUAUCCUUUUCUGUUGCGAAUAACGUGUAGGUAAUUAGUUUAUAUCCAACUCUGUUGUAUUUAGUACGCAAAAAAUGACACUGAAUAUCGAUGAAACCAUAGACUCACCACACGACGAGUUUUUUCGAUUCGAUUUUAAUUGAUUAACGAGAUACUAUAUUCCUAAAAAAAUCGAUCUUUUUAAUUAACGUUCUAUGAAAAUGCCACUCUUAAUCGAUUAUGAUUCGAUUAAUAGCGAUCGAUUCUAUUAUUUUAAUAAAGUACUUUUAAAAUAAAAAAUAAUAAUUAAAAAAUAAAAUAAAUAAUAAAGAAAAUGUAAUUUAAAUAAUCAAAUAUAUUGUUGUCUGACACAACUAUGGCCUAUGUAUGGUCAAUCUCCUUCCAUAACUUGUUGCUAGCAAGUCUGUGAGUGUGUACAAAAGUGAUAUAUCAUUGUAUAUAGAAAGUCCAUAGUAGUAUUAUGCUUUAUAAAGCUUUGUAUAGUAUUACAAAUAUUAUUAAAUGGCUAAGCAUUGUUAAGUUAAUAACUUAAACAUGGUCUACUUUAUUGUGAUAAAAUAUAUUGUAUUAUAAACAAGUAUUAGUUUUUGCACAAAUAUAUUUAAAGAUGACACGGACGAGUAAAAAAAGAAGGACUCCGCGCCGUGAUAUUAGCAAGUGAAGCACCGUUAUGCUAGUGUGUGUGUGGUUAUGGGGAAUACUAGUUGCACAAUUUUUUCUCCCUUAAAUAAUCAUAUAUGGCCACAAAUACUUAUAUAGUAUCGUUUUUUCACUUUUUCACAACGCACGACGGCAUUUUUAAAAUAUUUUACUGAGACGCAAACUGAUCUGUCACAGACGAUGACAAUUCUUAUAAUGGCCGCCUAUCGGCCUGUAGUAGUGUAAGUGUGUGUAUGGGACUAUGUAUUUACACGUUAAUCGGCUUGUUUUGGUGCUACACUGUUAUGUAAGGUGACAGAGUCCUUAUUUUUUUUACUAGUCCCUUAUAGAUGAUUACACGUUUUUUAUAUUUUGGUUGUGUUGAAAUUGUGUAUUCUAUUUAUUAAUUAUUAUUGGUGAUAUUUUGUGCAAUAAUUGUACAAAAAAUAUAAUAGUUAUAUUUUUUUAUUUAUUCAUAAUUUUUGACUAUAAGUCUUUGUCACUAACCAGAUUUUAUGUGAUAUGUCGGUACUGAAUCUGCACUUCAAUUAGAAAAGAUUAUGUUUCCAAAUUCUGAUAGAGUAUUUUUCACAAUCAUACAAAUAACAUUAUGACAUCCCAUAGGAUUAAAAAAAGAGAUCAUCAAAAUGUCAAAAUCAGGAAAUUUAUUAAAAUAUCAAUAUCGAAUUGUGAUUGAAUAUAAAAGUCUGUUGUAAUUGUCUGUUCAUAUUUGGUAUGUUCCGAUAUGUACCUACUGUGACCACUGUACAGUGUGACAUCAAUUUAGUAUACUUACUGUGAAGCCGUUCCUUCGAACACAAUCCCCUAUACUGCCAGCCGCUUUUUUUGAUGCAGCAUCCAAAUGAGUGUAUUAAAGUUUUCUAGCUGAAUAAAAAACUUGUUGUAGGAGUACUGUCAAAUUUUAAAUAUCUUAAUAUUAUUAAUUGUAAAUUGAAUUUAUAAUAUAAUAAAAGUAAGUAGUUUUUCAUUAAAUCGAUGAUGUAAGAUGAAUAAAGUAGGGUACAAUUAUGGAGUAUUUUAAAUUAUAAGUUUUUUUAUCGAAAAAAGGCACCCAAGUGGUUUUGACUGAUCACAUGAUCAAAGUGCUGCAAGUACCUUACCUCGAAAACGCCAGUGCUCAGUAGAAUAUGGCGGCGAUUUAUGACGUCAUAUAUUUCCCUAGGGUACUGCGGCAGUAUACUGGUAGUCCAUAACGGAACGAAUUUUUCUAGUGAUAGCACUGUGCAGUGCAUAUCGGAACAUACCCAUUAUCACUUGUUUUAUUCAAGGAUACCACUGUUUACUUUUAGAAUAAUAACAUCAUGUUGUCAUUGGCGUAUUAUUUAUUAGCUUUUAUUAUGUGCUUACUUGAAAAAAAACCAGUGAAUAUGUUUAUUAAUUUUUAUUUUAUUUUUUAUAAUAAUUUUAUCAAACAAGCAUAACUUAGUAAAUUAUGUGACACCAAAACUGAAACAAGUUGUGUUAGCCAAUGUGUAUUACAUAUUUUGUGAUUUGUUUUUAAAAUAAAUGUAAUGAAUAAAUGAAUAUUCCUCAAU